AUGUUGUCAGGUGCCGCAGCUGAUCUGGACGAUCUUCGGACGUUAUUUCUCCUCUCCCUUCACGGCUACCGUCGAACCACGAGUAAGAAGACUUAUGACAAUGUAUCUCUGCUGGUGCGUUUGUGCUACCAGUAUGGUCUUCACCAAACUGACAACCUUGCCAAUUGCUCUUUCUACCGAGCCGGUGAGACAACAUGCGAAGAGAUCCAAGGUUGGAGAUAUCUCUGGUGGUCGAUCUUCCUGUUGGAUACUUGUUGUACUGCUAUUGCUACAACACCGUCCAACAUUGAUAGGGACAGCGUCUGUGUGGCCCUGCCCCACGGAAGCAUCGAGGAGUGGACCAGUGGAAAGGCGCUACCACGGCCCACAGGUCGUCUAUUCCUACGUGGUGAUCUUAGCACACUCGCCUAG